AUGUCGUUCGAAGGCUGGACUCAUCUCAAUGAUCAGCAACGGGAGAAACUAUUCGAUACGAUUCUCGGGAAGGGGAAUUCGUUCUCCAAAGUUUGGCUCUUGCAGCACAUUGACUUCCCUUCGAUCCACAAUGAGUGCCGUCUCCAAAUCAAGCAAUACUACAAUGGACCGUGUGGGGCUGUCGCCUCGAUUCAGGCCUGGCUGGUGAAGACUCUCCUCUUUGGCGAUGUUGGAAAAAUACCGCGACAUUUAUCAGAGAAGGAGAAGUUGAUUGAACUACGCAAGAGGGGCUUGAUCGGUGCCCUGAGCGAGAUCCUCUUCUCAGUGACUCCCUACCGGCGUGGACCGGUACGUCUGAUCGUGCCUUUCCCACCCGACGGGACCAUCGAGGAGAGCGUUUUUUACAAUUCAUGGCAUUACGCGACUCUUUAUUCGGUGGAAGCUCUUCACGACGUGAUAUCACGGCAUUUCGAUAAUAUCUGCCGAUACGGUAUGGUUCCGCUACUCUGCUCUAUGAUUUUUUCUCGGGGAGCCGAUCGCGUCCACAUCGAGGCUGCGAAAGAUACUCUGGUGGACCCUGCACAAGAAGAUUGCUUCCAACCGUUGGUGAAUCUCAUUCUUACUGGUCGGGCCGUAUCGAACGUAUUCGACGCACCGAAGACGGCCACUGAGGACGAUCAUCCGAAAGUCGCGAAAUACGGUAUCAUUGCCAGAUCGACCAUCGGGUUCAUGACCAGCGUUGAGUUGACGAACAAAAUAUUCACCGUCGGUAGCCAUUUCAAGACUCCGUUCCUACCGAUUUGGGUCAUUCACGGUGAUUUCCAUUACUCUCUGCUGUUCAGCGAUUCCCGCGAAGUGAUCAGUGAGGAGCCCACGGGUCAGAAGUUCUUCUGGUACACCGUCACGUCGUCGAACGGUACUCUAUUGAACAAGCAAUACACGCUGACAGUAGACACCGCUGACUCGGUUUCGAGUCGGGCGCCGAAGAUGGAGGAUUCGCUCAAAGUCGUUCGGGACUGUGUCAACUUGAGGUGGCCCUCCGCAGAGCUGGGUAUACAGGGCGUUGCUACAGAGAAAAAGGUUUGCCAGAAGAGUCAUGCCUUCUCCACUUCGUCGGAAAGCAGCAUGUCAACAUCAAAAUGA